AUGUUGGACCAGGUAGAAGACAAAUACAUUGGCCUGUUGCUGGCCAUCACAUCCACCCUCGCCAUCGGGACGAGUUUUGUCAUUACGAAAAAGGGACUGAACGAUGCCGCAGAUAAACAUGGCUUCGAAGGAGAAGGAUUCGCAUACCUCAAGACCCCUCUCUGGUGGGCAGGAAUCACCUCUCUAAUAUUGGGCGAGAUCGCCAACUUUGCCGCCUACGCGUUUGCGCCGGCGAUCCUGGUGACUCCCUUAGGAGCUCUCAGUGUGCUCAUCGGAGCGGUGCUGGGUGCAUAUUUCUUACAUGAAGAGCUGGGCGUCCUCGGGAAACUGGGGUGUGCCAUCUGUCUUCUCGGAUCCGUGAUCAUAGUGCUCCACGCCCCCCCGGACAAGGAGAUCCAGACGGUGGACGAGAUCCUGGCAUUGGCCAUCAAACCAGCUUUUAUACUCUACUGCCUGGCCGCGGUCGCGUUCUCAUGUGUCAUGAUCUACGUGGUGGCUCCGGUGUACGGCAAGAGGAAUCCCAUGGUUUACAUCUCGAUAUGCUCGACCGUCGGAUCCAUCUCGGUGAUGUCGGUCAAGGCGUUUGGGAUUGCCCUGAAGCUGACUUUUGCCGGCAAUAACCAAUUCAGCCAUCCGUCGACCUACGUGUUCAUGAUUGUCACGACCGUGUGCAUCCUGACGCAGAUGAACUAUUUCAACAAGGCGUUGAGUCAAUUCUCGACAUCCAUCGUCAAUCCUCUGUACUAUGUCACCUUUACCACGGCCACGCUGUGCGCGUCGUUCAUCCUGUUCUCUGGGUUCAACACGACCGAUGCCGUCAACACGAUCUCUCUCCUGUGCGGCUUCCUCAUUAUCUUUGCCGGCGUCUAUCUGCUCAACCUGUCCCGAGGCGACCCUGACGGGCAUCGCCUACUCAACGGAAGGAUCCCCGACGGGGACGGCAUUCCCACCGAUCCGCUCACGGGGUUGCAGACUCGACUAAGUAUGCAGUCGAGGCGAAGUCUCGACCCUCAUCGACGAAGUACCAGUCUCACGUUCAGUCCCGGCGGAAUACGGCAUAUCCGGCAUGUGAGCGGCGAGAGUGCAGGCUUGAUCCACAAUUACAAUGAUAUGGAGCAUAAUGCCUUUGGGUUGAACGACCUGGUGGAAGAUCAUGAAGAGUCGGGUGUAGGCAUGGUCGGUCAGAGUCGAGAUGUGGACCGUGACCAAGCGACGCAUCUGUACCAUUCACCCUCACAGAGGGGCGUGACUCGAUGA